CAGCAAACUUCACUCAGCAAAGACCUUUUUUGCUACAGGUGGAGGAACGUGAAGUUGUUGACAUGAAGCUGGGGCUGUUGGUGGUGUUGGCAGUGGUGGUUCUGCUGCCCAGUCUGUCCGAGGGCCGGAUUGUCUCCAGGUGCGAGCUGAGAGAAAAGCUUGACCAGGCACUCAUCCUGCCUAAAAGGCUUCAAAGGUUCAAGGAGAAAAUCCUGAAAAUAGUUAUCUGUGAGGCAAAUAGGAGGUCCCGUCUGAACACUGGCCUGGUCAGGGUCUUUGGCAAGCGCAGAACUACAACAACAGCCAGGCCAACAACUGCAGUCACAACUACCACAACAACUACCCAACCAACAACUACCACAACAACUACCACAGCAACAACCACCCAACCAACAACUACCCAACCAACGACUACCCAACCAACGACUACCACAACAACUACCACAGCAACAACCACCCAACCAACAACCACCCAACCAACGACUACCCAACCAACGACUACCACAACAACUACCACACUACACAACCAAUGA